AUGGUGAGAACAAGGACAGAAGAUGUGGAAGAUGCCACCUCAGCACGACUGGAUAGGAUGGAAAGGAUGCUUAUGGAAAUGGCAGAGGCUUUACGGCAACAACAGCAACAGCCUCACCAACAACCGCCGCCACCACCAGUACCCCCACCUGUACUGCAAGAUUUUCACGCUGAAGACCGAACUAUCACUCUCACUAAGGAGUUUAAAAAGAUGAAACCGCCAACCUUCAAAGGAGGAAUAGAACCGAUGAAAGCUGAGGCCUGGGUAUUGGGCAUAGAGAAGUUAUUUGAAGUCUUUCCCUGCACCGAAGCUCAAAAGGUACAACUAGCGGCCUUCACUCUUGAAGACGAGGCACGGAGGUGGUGGAUGCUUACGAGGACAAUCCAUCCAGAGUUAACAUGGGAUAGAUUUUUGGGGCUAUUUUAUGAUAAAUAUUUCCCCCAAAGCAUGCGGGACAAAAAGGUGACAGAAUUCGAAACUCUCAGACAAGGGAACAAGACUGUUGCUGAGUAUGAGGCCCAAUUUGCAGAGUUAGCCCGGGCUGUUAUAGCUGAGGGAAACCUUGCUGCUCAGAACCGGAUUGCUGAAUGGAAAGGAAAGAGGCAAAAUAAUCAAUGGUCAAAGGGAGUGGCUACUCCACCAAACAAGAAACAAAACUCAGGGACUUCGAAUACUUCUGCCCCUAAUCAGGGUACAAUUCCUGUUUGUUCGGAAUGUGGAAAGAGGCACCAUGGGAUAUGCCAAUGGAAGUCUGGAGCCUGUUAUCAGUGCGGAAAAACGGGUCAUUUGAUAUGCAGGGCACAUUCCAGAAGGAAGUAA